CGGUAAAAUUUCCCAUUGACCGCCCCCACUUCCUGUCCCCUCGAUUCAAACCUCCGCUCCCUUCUCCUCCUCCUCCCCACUUCUCGCUCUCAAAACCCUUCAAAACUCUGUCUCUCUAGAAUCCGAAACCCUAGCGUCGAUGGAGUACGAGCAGCGCCUCAUCGCCGCGGCGGAGCUCGUCCUCGCCGGCGACCGAAGCGCCGACGGGGGCCCACUCCUGGACCCAACCGACCUGAAGGUCUCGGCGGACCUGAAACCUCAUCAAAUCGAGGGAGUCUCUUGGCUUGUACGGAGGUACGAGCUAGGCGUCAACGUCGUCCUCGGAGAUGAGAUGGGUAUUGGAAAGACUCUGCAAGCUAUCUCAUUGCUGAGUUAUUUGAAGUUUCAUCUCAUGUCACCUGGGCCAUUCCUGGUAUUGUGCCCUUUAAGUGUUACUGAUGGUUGGAUAUCAGAGUUUACCAAGUUUUGUCCGAGUCUGAAUGUUCUUCGCUAUGUUGGUGACAAAGGACAUCGUGGUAGUCUUCGAAGGAUGAUGUAUGAGCAUGUUCAUGAACAAAUUUUAUUACACAAUGCACAUCCUGAAUUACCUUUUGAUGUGUUGCUGACGACUUAUGACAUUGCAUUACUGGAUCAAGAUUUUCUUUGUCAAAUUCGCUGGCAUUAUACUGUAAUUGAUGAGGCUCAACGUUUGAAAAAUCCUUCCAGUGUGUUAUAUAAUGUACUUGAGCAGAAAUUUAUCAUGCCAAGACGUUUGCUAAUGACUGGGACACCUAUCCAAAACAAUCUCUCUGAGCUUUGGGCAUUAAUGCAUUUUUGUAUGCCAUCAGUUUUUGGAACAAUGGAGCAAUUUAUUUCCACAUUCAAAGAAGCUGGAGAUUCAUCAGGUCUUGCUUGACUCAGUAUAAGCUACCUAGGCAAUUUUAAUAUCUACUUUUCUCAUAGAAUUUAUCUUGACGCUCCUUGUUGAUACACAAUAUUGUUUACUGGCAGCACAUUAGCAUUGUAGCACUCACUAGGGAAUUCAUCUAUUUGAACUAAAGGAACCAGAUUCUGUGGGAAAAUAGACAAAUAAGACCACAGAUACUGCUGAGUUGUACCAUGAGCUACUCUUAGGAGUCACUACAUGCAUUUAAUUUCUUCAUAGAUGUGAGAUACCUUCAUUGUGUCUAGUUCUUGCAGCAGGGUUAGAAAAGGUUCCAUGCUAACUUUAGAUUCUUCCUAACACCAUGUAUCCACCCGGAUUAUUAUCAAAAUGGGAUCUCCUUAGGUAAAAAUGCAUUUAACUCCAAGUUUAACCUAUGCCAAAGGGCACUGGCAAAGCCCUUUCAUCUCCUCCUAAGAGUUAUGAUGUAGACGUGGGAUGCUAUGACAGAACCACGAACAACACAUCUCCUGUUUUCCUUUUUUUUGUGUGUAACUGGUUCUUUUUUGUGUGUAACUGGUUCUUUUUUCAGAUGGAACAC